AUGGGUGGGGCCAUCGACAACCUGAUGGCUACCACGGAUGAGAACACCUUCUCCUACAUGGAUUCGGGGCUCGUGACGGGUCUGGUCUACUACUACAGGCUCAUGGCCGUGAACGGCGAUGAUGGCGAGCCGGUGACCAUCUCUGCGCAGCCCUCCGUGCCCCCAAUCAAGCCGGACCCUGCGUUGCUCAUCAACACGGCCUCGGGCAGCAUGACCUUCCGCUUCACGCCUCUGACGGGCGCCGCCUCUGGUUGGUCUCCCACUAUCCGCUACACCCUCUACCGCAAUGAUGGUCUUGGCGGGGUCCUGCGCUUCACGUACGAGGGAGACAUGGAUGGUACGUCCAUGGUGGAGCUGAUGAUAGGUGGCCUCGUGGAGGGAAGGCAGUACUUGUUCCAAACCUCCUACUGGAGCCGCAUCGGGCAGAGUCCCCUCAGCGACGUCACGGCAGUUGUCUGCUGCGAGUUCCGGAAGCCGGGCUCACCGCCUCUGAACCUGCGGCGCUCAGGAGACCAAAGCAACGAGAAGAUCUCCCUUGCCUGGGAUGCUGUCACCGACAUCGGCACUUCGUCUCUGAUCUAUUACCGUCUCUACAUGGAUGACGGAUAUACGGAGAUUUCCAAGAACACGGCCUCAGGCACCACCACCACGGAGUUCUUUGAGUUUCUGACUCCCGGCAACCCCUACCGCUUUGCCGUCGCAGCCGUGAACGCUGCUGGCGAGGGUCCCCGGAGCGAGAGGAUCACAUUGACGGCCUCGGACGUGGCAGGGCAGCCUUUCGAUGUGGAGGCCACCUUUCAGUCUUCUUACCGCAUCGACUUGCAAUGGAAGAAGCCUUUGCUCACGGGUGCCUCGGGCAUGAGUGGUUACAAGGUCUGGGUAGAUGAUGGCAACGGUGGGGGCAUCAACAACUUGAUCUGGGACGGAGGCACGAAGGCCGCAACGUUGUCGUAUUCCUGGGCCCCAGUCUUCUCGGAUGGAACCGUGGCGCUGCUGGCGGGUCACACCUACCGCUUCCAGGUGCAGAGCGUGAACCCCACAGGCGAUGGCGCCCGAUCCAACAUCUUCUCCAUCGUGGCGGCCUCCAAGCCGGAUGCACCUGGCCGACCGGGUGUGGACAGGGCAGCCACCUCCGCGACGGCGGUUCACAUCUCCUGGGCGGCACCCUACAAUGGAGGCUCACCCAUCCUGGGCUACAUCGUUGAGCGGAAGAGCUCUCCGACGGCGCAGUGGAUCUCCCUGACGGCGGCCUCCGACAGCUACACCUCCACGACCUACGUCGACACCUUCCAGCUGGUGGCCCGGUCCUUUUACAUCUAUCGCGUCUCCGCCUUCAACUUGGUCUCCGUGGGCGAGACCUUCUUCUCCCCCGAGUCCUCGAUCCCAGCCGCCGCGGUGCCCACGGCGCCGACCGUGAGUUUCGUGACGUCGACAGAAACGACGAUCACCGUCGCCUGGGACAUCCCAACCUCCGACCUCACGGUCACCGGCUUCCGGUUGUACGUCGAUAACGUCCUCAAGUACGACGGGGCGGGGGUGAGCACCGUCCGCACCUUCACGCUGGCCGGGUGCACCACAGGCAACAUGCACGACUUCCGUGCGACGGCCAUCAGCGAUGCGGGGGAAUCUGGCCUUUCUGCCUCCCUGCCACGGUUCUGUGCCAGGCGCCCCUACCCUCCGGCACAGCCGACGCUGAAGUCGACGACACUCUCCACCGUAGAAAUCCAAUGGGUGCCUCCUACGAACAACGGUGGCAUGCCCAUCUCCGGCUACAAGGUACAGCGCUCCAACAACGACGUCUACUUCUUCGGCACGGUGCAGUGCGAGCAGCCCGACGGGAGUUUCCUCACGACACUGCCGGAGGAUUUCGACUCCUGUCUCGAUUCGACGGCCUUCAUCUGUCCCCAGCGACGGUGUAAGUAUCGAGUGCUGGCCAUCAACGGUGUCGAGGACGACAACUUCGCGGACGUGUCACCCUACCUGGUAGCAACGGCAGCCGACCUUCCGAAUCCGCCCACCUCGGUGACCCGCGACGACCCCCCAAUCAGCAAGACAGCCAUCGAGGUGCACUGGUCGCCUGUGACGGAUGCAGCGGAGACCGGUGGCGCUUUGGUUACUGGGUACCGGGUCUAUGCCAACACUGGCAUCGAUGAUGCGCUCGCGAUGGUCUUCGAUGGCUCCGGCAGCCCAUCGAUCCGAUCCUUCAAGCACACCGGGCUGGUGCCGGGGAGGCGCUACUGGUAUCAGGUCACCUCCCUGAGCAGCGUGGGCGAAGGCUCCAGGACCAACAUCUCCACGUUUCUGGCCGCCGAGCCGCCGGCCGCGCCAUUGCAACCGAGGUUCGUCACCGCGGGCUUCGGAUCCAUCACCAUUGGACUGGAUCCCCCGCCUUCAGAUGGAGGUUCUCCUAUCGUCCGCUACGUGAUCUAUCGAAACGAUGGCACGGUGAAUGGCCUCCUGAGCACGCAAGUCUCAGUCUGUGAUAUGUCCCGCACGCAAUUUGAUGUGCCUGAUUUGCUUCUGGGCCGGGACUAUCUCAUCCAGGUGCAGGCUCACGCCGACUGCCCUUAUGGUGCAGGGAACUCGCUGCACGAGUACGACGCGGAUGGCAUUUGCGUGAACGACGGCGACUGCACCUUGCCGGGAGCUCGAAGUGGCAUUGCGCUCUUCACCACCACCGAUGUACCGGACACCGUGACACUAGAAAAGGUGGUUCAGGCACGGACGAGUGUGACAUUCCGCUUCGAUCCGCCGCCAGGGGACGGUGGGAGCCCCGUCACCAGCUUCGAACCCUACCGCGACGAUGGCUUGGGAGGUGACUUCGUCCGUGUCGACGUGCUCCCAACGAACUACUUCGAGAUGGACACCGACCUCUCGGAAUCGGGCAACGAGUACAAGUACACGGGAUUGGUGACAGGCCGCAGGUACAACUUCUUCGUUGCCUCCUGCAACAAGCGCGGCUGCCGGAGCGGGGUCAUCUUCGGGCCCCUCACUGCAGCAGCCGCUCCAGACCAGCCCGAGCCGCCCCUGGCCACCGCCACCUCUGCCGUGCCGCCAAUGAUCAACCUUACGUGGACACCGCCAGACAACGGUGGCAUGCCUAUCCUGAAGACGGAGAUCCAGCGCGACGAUGGCCAGGCCUUCCCCGGGCUUCCUUGCAGCGGCGGCCGCGAGAUGCCCUCGGCCCUGGCGCAGCUGGAAGGCGGCGGCUUCGCGCAGGCGCCGGUCUCCUCGCGGAAGGGCCUUGGAGGCCCCAAGGCCGAGAGCAGCCCGGUGUCCGGAAUCUCCGCCCAGGACCUUCCGACCGACAGCCCCGUGCGGCCUUCCGUCUCCAAAGCCUCCCCUGGAGCCUAUGGCAGACCGGUGGACGGCCGGAUACCACAGUCCGUGGACUUCGAGGCAGAGAUCCUGGCGAAGCGCGUCGCUGCCGGCGAUGCCUCCGAGGACUCUCUGGACGAGGCCGCGCACUUGCUGCUGCAAGCGCUCCCGGCGGCGAUGGAUCCUUAUGGCUUCAAGAUCCCCCCGCCCUCCGCCUGGGCGGAGCAGGAGGCCGAGCGCGCGGAGCCCGCGCGGACGGCCGCGGCGACGGCCGCGGCGGCCGCGGCGGCAGCGGCGGCAGCGGAGGGCAUUUCCGGCGGCCGCGGGGUGCCCUUGCGCUUGGUGGCGCAGCAGCCAGACGUGGCCUGGGAGGUGGAUGGCCAACUGCAGCUGCUGAUCGGCGCCGCCAAGCGGACCGGCGACCCAAGCGAUGACGGAGUCUUCUCCCUGCUCGCAGAGGUGGACGCACCGGACUUGACGUACUCGGACACCUCGGUCACCGCUGGAUUGACCUACCGCUAUCGGAUCCGCAUGCACCACGAGCAGUCGGCCAGUGACUUCAGCAACCUCGCAACCUUCGUCGCAGCAGGUCUCGUGCUUUCAAGCUGUCUUGCUUGGACCAUGUCUGUUGGAACUCUCGGGCCAUGGGAAGGCUUGCCAGACCAGCCGGCAGCUGUGACGCUGGUGUCGCAGUGA